AUGGAAUGGGAGCAACGACUUCAAUAUAUCUGCGAGAAAUGUUGGCAGCAUAUCUGGGAGUUUCAUCAAUUCCAACAGUCAGUUAUUGAGGCACAGCAGGGUCUACAUCUGCAUACAGUAGCGGCAAAAGAAGUUGUGGAGGUUAAGAUAAAACCAGAAGUGGAGAUAAAUCAGCAGGAAGUGAAACUGGACUUGCCUAGUGUCGAGGCAUUUAGCACUAGCACUGAAGAUUUAAUCAAAUCUACGGCCUUUAACUUCGAUAUAAAAACUGAAGAACCUUUGGAUCUCAACAGUGAUAAUGAUGUAAUGUCUUCUCAUGGAUUGGAACAGUUAACGGAUGAAGAAAUGUCUCGGAUGAAUACAGCAUUGGCGAAUGCCGUUGAAUCCUAUGAAGAAUAUAGCUCGAAUGACGACUUUACUCCGAACUCUUCAGAAAGUACAGUUGCUGCCACAAGAAAAUCUGCAGGGGAGUUUGAUGAGCUGGUGGCUUUGUGUCGUUCCUCCUUGGAAUGUGAAAUUUGUCAUCAUCUAGUGGCCAGCUAUUCCCAAUUGGAGGAACAUUUUAGCAAAAACCAUGCUUCAGAAGAUUGUUACUUCAUGUGUUGCCAAUUGAGGCUGGGUAAUCGUUAUGAUUUGGAGAAGCACAUACGCUAUCAUCGAGCCCCGCAGCAGCUAAGAUGUGAGGCCUGUUGCAAAGCUUACCGUUUAGAGAAACAUUUGAGAAAUCACAAACGAAAAGUCCACACCAGCAAGGGAGGGGAUAAAAAUGCUAAAGACAGCAAGAAGUUGGAAGAUAAGUAUCGUUGCGACCAAUGUUUAAAGAACUUUGGAACGAAAUUGCUCUUAACUACCCACAAUCAUGAUGUCCAUAAAACCAUGUCUAACUUGUAUGAAAAAUCGUUAAGGCAUCCAAAUGCACUGCACGUUCAUUUGGCUAACCACACGAGAGGCGAGAAGACGCAUGUCUGUUCCUUUUGCUCCGCGGCAUUUAACUGCCGAGCUAAUUACUGUCAGCAUAUGAGAAAAUAUCAUCUUCAGGAAUGGAAAAAGAAGUUACGAAACGAGUUAGCCCAAAGAGAGACUCUGAGAGGGUAUAGGCGAGAAACUCGAGCAGAUGGUAUGGUCUUUGUUUGCAUUUAUUGUUCCGUGGAAUAUGCAAAACAGCAGUCCAUAUACAGUCAUCUCAAGCGAUGCCAAAGAUACGAUGGACCAAUAGAACUUAAAAAGGGGUUUCGGCUUGAAACUCGGGGAGAGAGUAAGGUCCAUGUUUGCAUUUAUUGUUUCAAGGAGUAUGAAAAGCGGCAAUCCAUACAAAAUCAUAUGAGGCACUGUCUAGGAUACGAUAGACCAUUGGAGCCUAAAAGGAGGUAUCGACUUGAAACUCGGGGAAAGAGCAGGGUCUAUGUUUGCAUAUAUUGUUCCAAGGAGUAUGAAAAGCUGCAUUCCAUGCACAAUCAUCUCUACCAAAGGCAUAGAGAAGAUAAAUCUUUAGCGGAGCAGGCAUCAACAAUUUCUGAAUCUCCAGUGCCAGCUGAGCAGCAGCAACCGAUUCAUAGUCGAAGAUUUAGUCAAGACUCACUUAACACCAGGAUUAUAGGGCCGAAAACAGUUGGAGUCAGCAACAUAACAUCAGAUGGUGAUACCUUAAAUGAGCUGGGCAAAGAAGGAGAAAUAGAAGAAGAGGAUUCAUUGGUGACCUCUAGAGAGGGAAACGAGUUGAAAGAUGAAAAUGCAACAGUGACUUUUGUGAAGACCGAACAAAUAUCAGCUGAUGCAUAUGCCUUGGGAAAUAAAGAAUUGGAUGAAAGUGAAAUGCCACCCGAGUUUGGAGAUGCCACAUGGAAAACGGAAGAAUUCAUUAAAUCCGAAGAAGAAUUUAUUAAACUAUAA